UGGCAAGAUACUGAAGCAGAAGCCAUUCGGGACGCGUCUGCUCAAUCUCAAACGCCAUUCUGUCUCCUGUUUUCAGAUAUAUCACGGAGUCGCAAGCUGUCAAUCAGCAUGUCAACGUGAAACAACCCUUGUACAUCAGUAUGUUAUGCGCCAGGAUCAUGGCUUAUGCAGCAAGCCGAAAGUCUAAAUGACCCUCACAUAUGUAUGUGCUGCAGUGCACAUCCAUGCGGCAUGGUGUUCUAUUCCAACGUCUAGGCCGAUUGCGACGUGGCCUGGCACUGUAGACGUGGUCUUCGGCGCAAAAGUGGCGAGACGGUCAGGUUCCUUGGGACCAGGUGUUACACAGAACCUAAUCCAGAUAACGGCCAGCAUCCGAGUCAGGCUGUCGCACACCACUGUUUCGUCGCCUCACUGGAAACUCGAACCUAAAGAUGAUUCUCGGCCGGACUGGUCUCGACUCCAGCUAAUGUUGUCCAGACGGGCCGCCAUCGCACCAGGUGGUACAGCAAUUUGCGAACACGUCGCAGGACAAUCGUUCGAUUCUUUUCAGCUGGAUAGCAUUCAAUCUGCAUCACGCGCACGAGCAUUCUGCAAUUCAUGAUAUGCGACCGUUGGACGAUACCAUGCGUUAUGCAGAAAUCAAACGAUCAGGUCGCUUCCUACGACGAGG